UUUGUAUUUUUUUUUUCUUUUUUUGAAAACUAUUCUUCUUGAUAAAUGUUAAACAGAUGGGAACUUAUAAAAAAUUCUGGAAACUUUUGUAUGAAAAAGUUGGGGUUCAUAAGCCAUAUUCCUCCUUUCUGCAGCAAGAAAGACUCUGAAUGUUUGGAGAAUAUGGGGAGAACAUCUAUUCUAAAAUGUGUAUUUAGAGCAUUUGAUGCAGAUUUCUUCAACAACACUAAGAGGGAUGAGGUUUUAAAGGGAGCUGAGGAAGUUAAUGUGCCUACAAUCAGAGCCAAUCGGAAGCUAGUUGCUUCUGAAAAUGGUGGUCUGCAUAAUCCUUCCCCUUUGGUGUUCAACCCUGAGUGGGCAAAUGAAAACGCUCGACAUAAGAGCAAAAGGUUCUGUUAUCCUCCUGUUCAUGGAGUAAAGAGACCAAACAAUGAAGAUGAUAUUGCUUUCAUGAGUGUUCUUGAACUUGGAGAACUGAUUAAAACGGAGCAGAUUUCAUCUCAGGAGCUUGUUCGAAUUUUUCUGCAGAGAUUGAAAAGGUACAACCAUGUUCUUGAAGCUGUAGUUUCUUUUACUGAAGAACUUGCUUACAAACAAGCGAAAGAGGCUGAUGAACUGUUUGCUCAAGGAGUGUAUUUAGGUCCACUGCAUGGAAUUCCAUAUGGGUUGAAGGAUAUAAUAUCUGUUCCAGGAUACAAAACAACUUGGGGUUCAAAAAGUUUUAAAGAACAAGUAAUUGAUGUUGAAGCUUGGGUUUAUAAGCAGUUGAAGUCAGCAGGUGCUGUUCUUGUUGCAAAACUUGUUACAGGAUCGCUUGCAUAUGAUGACAUCUGGUUUGGUGGGCGGACGAGGAACCCGUGGAACAUUGAGGAGUUCACCACAGGGUCAUCAGCUGGACCUGCAGCAUGUACUUCUGCAGGUAUGGUUCCAUUUGCAAUUGGAUCAGAGACAGUUGGUUCAAUGACUUAUCCUGCAGCUCGAUGUGGAGUUACUGCAAUCCGCCCAACGUUUGGAACAGUUGGUCGCAGUGGAGUAAUGAGUAUUUCUGAAAGCUUGGAUAAGCUUGGUCCAUUUUGUAGAAACGCUGUUGAUUGUGCAGUCGUUUUGGAUGUCAUAAGAGGAAAGGAUCCACAUGACCUCUCCUCAGUUGAGAGUUCUCUUGAUGAUCCAUUCUCCAUAGACAUUUCUAAACUUACUGUUGGAUAUGUUGACGAUGCUGACAUGGAGGUUGUUCAGAUUCUUUCCUCUAAGGGUGUUAAUAUGAUUCCAUUCAACUUGUCUUAUUCUGUCGACUCUGUUCAAGGCAUUGUUAACUUUACUAUGGAUGUUGAUAUGUUGGCUCAUUUUGACGAAUGGCAACGUUUGGGGCUUGAUGAUGAAUAUGAAGCUCAAGACCAAUGGCCAACUGAACUCCGUCGUGCACGUUUAAUCCCUGCAGUAGAUUAUGUUCAGGCACAGAGAGCAAGGGGAAAGCUAAUUAGAGAAAUUAGAGAAAGUUUCAACGUUGAUGCUUUAAUUGGCAAUGCCACUGACUGGGAGAAAGUUUGUAUGGGAAAUCUUGUUGGUCUGCCUAUUAUUGUUGUUCCAACAGGUUUCAAAAAUAUCUCAAACCCACCUUCAACUGGCACCACAAGAAGAAAAGUCACCAUUACCUCUGGCAUUUAUGCUCCACCUCACAGGGAUCACAUUGCUUUAGCUUUGGCUAUGGCUUACCAAUCUGCAACUGAUCACCACAGAGCAAGGCCACCAAUAGAUGACUUGGGGCCCAAUGACGUUCUUCCAGAUCCACCUUUGGUAUCUAUUCCUCCAAGGUUAUUGCACCUUCGAAUAUGAAUCUACACCUCUUUCCCUUUAUCUUAUCUUACAUUUUGGAGACUUUUGUCUUGUUUUUUCUUUUUGGUUAUAGAGAAAAACACAAAUGUAGGUUUAGUCCUGAAACAUUAAUAUGCAUAUAUCUAGGACUGCGACAUUGUCAAUGUCAGAGUUUUUGUAUAUAAAUAAUGCUUCUAGUUCAAGCUCUUUUAUCCAUAAAGUAAUAUGAUCAAUGGUAUGGAAUUAAAACAA